CACCAUGGUCAGUGCCAGAGCUCUCCUCCUCGUGGUUACCUACUGCUGUGCCUACCUGUGGCUCGCCCGAGCAGAGGACUUGUCGCUGGAGACGCGCUCGUUGGAUUUCCCCCAGAAAAACCAGCAGGAGAAAGACCUGAUUGACGCGUUGCAAGAAGUUUUGGAGAAGCUGAGGAGCAAAGAGAUGCCCUUAGAGAAGAAGCUUGGCUGGCUGCCUUCGUGUGAUGCAGGGGAGCCGUGCGCCGUGCGUAAAGGCGCACGUAUCGGCACGCUGUGCAGCUGUCCACGAGGAACGUCCUGUAACUUCUACGUUCUUAAGUGUUUGUGAUGGUGAAGAGAGGAUAAAGAUGGAAAAACACAAGAAAGAGUUGUUGUCAUUGUCUGCGAGACAAAUGGAAACACAAUGUAACAUGAUGUGAUUAAUAAAUGACACUUUUCUUUAUAAACUUGGGCUGGGAAAUGUUAGAACAUUGAUUUUUUGAUUAGAUUUGAAGGUCUGUGUCCGUCUGUCAGUGCUUCUGAUCUGCACAUGGGGAGUUAUUUGUGGAGGCAUCUGUUGGCAGACUUUGAAUGUAGUUUUUGUCAUAAAUAUUUAUUUUUCUUAUCUUUUUUGUGUGUUUUUGUUCCUGACACAGGUGGAGACAGUAAGCUAUUGGUUUCUUAGCACAUUUGUAAGAUAAGGAGGUCAAUAAAUCAACUUAAAUUCAA